AUGAAUGAUGGCCUACCGGGGCAGACCAUAGAGUCCAAUGAAGAUCCCAUGAAAAAGGACAGAAAGAUCAUUCACGGCUCUUUGAAAGACCUUGGCCUACCCCAGAUUGCCGGGGAAAAGAAGAUCACUUCCGGGUUGAUCGUACGGACUGAAUCGCCAUGGGAAACCUACCGAGAAUUGACGAAAAACGAGCUUGCCGGGCCUGUGAUUAUUGCCUCUCGUCGCUCAAGUUCACACAAAAGGGUAGCUAUUCGACAAAUUUCCAAUAAUAGAACUAACGAAUUGAUUUUCCGUUUUCGACUUUAUCAACACCCCAACCUUCUAUCACCUCGGGAAAUUUACCUGGCCGGAAACUUGACAUAUGGACUAUUUGAAAUAGCGUCAGUUUCUCUUGAGCAGCUCGUGAAACAUCCUGGUCUUUUUCCAACUGAGGCGGAGCUUGCUUCAAUAAUGUCCCAGGUACCGCGCCUCAAAGCCAACACAGACCCCUUUAAGCAUUACAGCUAA